AUGGCUAAACAGGGAUGGCUAGAGGACAAAUGUAAGAAUGUAGAGGAGCAUAUCACUAGGGGUAAGAUAGAUACUGCCUACAAGAAAAUUGAAGAGACCUUUGCAGAGAAGAGAACAACUUGUAUGAAUAUCAAGAGCUCAGAUGGAAACCCAGUUCUAAGCAAAGAAGGGAAAGCAGAAAGGUGGAAGGAGUAUACAGAGGGUCUAUACAAGGGCGAUGUUCUUGAGGACAGUGUUAUAGAAAUGGAAGAGAAUGUAGAUGAAGAUGAAGAGUUUGACAGAGCACUGAAAGACCUAAGUCGAAACAAGGACCCAGGAGUAGACAACAUUCCAUUAGAACUGCUGAUAGCCUUGGGAGAUCCAGACCUAACAAAACUCUACCAUCUAGUGAGCAAGAUGUAUGAGACAGGCGAAAUAACCUCAGACUUCAAGAAGAAUAUAAUAAUUCCAACCCCAAAGAAAGCAGGUGUUGACAAAACUACCAUCUAG